CUUCAAAAAUUAGGGUUUGUUUAGUUGUAAAAUUAAAAAAAUAAAUAAAAUUAGAGAGUCUAAAUGAAUCCAACCCUGAAAGAAGCCAAAUCUUAACUGGUUGCCCAACUUAAUUUUAUUCUCUAUUACUGUCUUAAUAUACAAGCUAGCUAAUAAUGUUUUAUAAUCCAGCAACCAAUACUAGUAAUCAAGAAUUGUAUUAAUUCCCAUUUAAUUAAUUAAUUUGGGUACCCGUCUCUCUUUCUUGACUCAACUCAUCAAUGAUGCCAUUCCUUGUGUGAUUCAACGUGAAUAAUGCGUUUGAUCUUGGUGAAGAUUAGGCUAGAAUUAGCCGGCUUUUUCGCGCAAUUAUGGGGCAUAAUAAAGACGAAAACACAUGUAAUUAGCUAGGCAAACCAAGAUGCUAAUACAAACUAAGAUUUCAGUAAUCUCCAGAAUGCAGCCUUGGAUAUUACCCAAUCUUAAAGCUUGCAAUUGAGAAAUUAAGUUCAAAAUUCCAUCGUUAACAUCGUCCAGAAGUUGUUUGUUAAUGGAGUCUGUCAGGUUGAAAGCACGCCUCAGCGAAGAGUCCAAGGCAAGAACAAGAAAACAACAUGUGAACAAAGAAGUAGUUUUCAUCUUCGUAAUGACAAUUAAGAUCCUGUCAUGGUGACAGCUUAUAUCGUGAGAAUCAACCAAUCUCUUCAUUCCAAGCUAUAUAAACUCUGCAGCAGUAGCUGCUAGCCAUGACACAGAACCACCACUGCACCACGACAGCCAUAGAAGAAGAAGAAGAAGAAGAAGAUGACGACGGGGGCUAACUACACGUUCCUGCCACCGAACUUGAGGCCAGACGAUGUGAACCCGGAAUGGAUGAACAAGGGAGAUAAUGCAUGGCAGCUGAUGGCGGCAACCCUGGUCGGGCUGCAGAGCGUGCCGGGGCUGAUCAUCCUGUAUGGAGGGGCGGUGAAGAAGAAAUGGGCGGUGAACUCGGCUUUCAUGGCGCUCUAUGCGUUUGCCUGCGUGCUAGUUUGCUGGGUGGGGUGGGGCUAUAAGAUGUCCUUUGGGGACAAACUCGUUCCCUUCUGGGGCAAGGCCAGUGUGGCUCUGGACCAGAAGUACCUCCUUGAGAAGGCGUUCGUCGGCAACUUCCCUAACGCGACAAUGGUGUUCUUCCAGUUCGUGUUCGCAGCCAUCACCUUGAUUCUGAUCGCGGGAGCACUGCUGGGGCGGAUGAACUUCCAUGCCUGGAUGCUCUUUGUGCCUUUGUGGCUAACGUUUUCGUAUACUUUUGUAGCUUACGGCAUCUGGUGUCCCACCGGCUUUCUCUACAAGAUGGGAAUCAUCGAUUACUCGGGUGGUUAUGUCAUCCAUUUAUCUUCUGGAGUUGCUGGCUUCACAGCAGCCUAUUGGGUGGGUCCUCGGCUUACUAAGGACAGGGAGAGGUUUCCCCCAAACAACAUCAUCUUGAUGUUGGCAGGAGCAGGGCUGCUGUGGAUGGGGUGGACGGGGUUCAAUGGGGGAGACCCCUUUGCAGCCAACAUCGAUGCCUCCUUGGCAGUGUUGAACACGCAUAUCUGCGCCGCUACCAGCUUGCUAACCUGGAUCAUCCUCGAUGUCAUCUUCUUUCGCAAAGCUUCUGUGAUCGGUGCAGUGCAAGGCAUGAUCACCGGCCUAGUCUGCAUCACCCCUGCAGCCGGGGUUGUGCAAGGAUGGGCAGCCAUACUAAUGGGAGUUUUCUCGGGUUCGUUGCCGUGGUACACCAUGAUGGUGGUGCACAAGAAGUCGGAGCUCCUCCAGAAGGUCGAUGACACGAUGGCUGUCUUCCACACGCACGCGAUAGCAGGCAGCCUCGGGGGAAUCCUCACUGGCCUGUUUGCGCACCCGAGGCUCAGCUACUUGUUCUUCUCUGGCUACGGCCAGUAUGUUGGGUUGUUCUACGGCUUCCACAUGGGAGCAGUCAGCACCGGAUUCAGGCAAGUAGGGGUUCAGCUCAUCGGCAUCGCCUAUGUGAUCCUAGUGAAUGUCAUCUCCACGAGCUUGAUAUGCCUUCUGGUGCAACUGGUUGUGCCUCUGAGGAUGUCUGACGAGGACAUGGAGAUUGGGGACGAGGCUGCACAUGGGGAGGAGGCCUACGCCAUCUGGGGCCAGGGUGACAAGCUCGAGAACUCGAGGUACUCCACCUACAAUGACAUUGAGGUGCCACCCGUGAAGGGGCCUGGCCAUGUUGAGAUGAAGUGAUCAUUCAUGCAUCUCUGUCACAUUCACUUACAAUGGAAGCUGCUAAAGAUUGAUUCAUAUAUAUUCAUCAUGCCCUCGAUCUGCAUUGAUUCUGAAGCCUUGCUUCCAUCCAUCCUUCUUCUGUUCUAUCAUAUAUAUGUAUGCUGCUUGUUUUAGUGUCUUUCUGUUUGAAUCAAGUGUUUAAUUUCUAGUGUUUGGAUACGGCGAGAAACAUGAUGGUUCCCUUAGACAUGUAAUAAGAGCCUUCAUUGUAACUCUACUUUUGCUAAUUGAACCCCCAAGUAAAGUU